AUGGCCUCCACCGCCGACCUCGACGCCCUCGUCAAGACCCGCGUCACCGACCCCAUCCCCCCCGAGACGCUCUUCCCCAUCCUCUCCACGGCGCCCUUUGUGCCCUCCAAGUCGCUCAUCAACGCCCGCGACGUCGGCGCCGUCCCCGGCAGCAACAUCCCCGCCGGCCGUAUCUACCGCUGCGGCACCCUGCAGUACGCCAGCCAGGACCCCGACGCCCUGGCCUGGAUCGGGGCCAACGUGCGCCGCAUCUUCGACCUGCGCAAACCCGAGGAGAGGGAGCGCGGGCCCGACCCGGAGAUUGCUGGCGUCGAGAACGUCUGGCGGGCUGCGGCGAGGGACUACCAGACGCCCAGCCUGGCCGAGUUUGCAAAGGGAGAUGGCAGUGAAGCCUGGAGGGACCAAUACAUGGCCGUGGCUCUGAGCUAUGCGCCCACUUACAAGGCCGUUCUCGAGCACAUACGCGAUACGCCCACCGAGCCGUUUCUCUUCCACUGCACAGCUGGCCGCGAUCGCACCGGUGUUCUCGCCGGCUUGCUGCACCACCUCGCCGGCACGGCCUCCGACGAUGCCGUCCGCGACUACAUGCUCUCCCGCAUCGGCACCGAAGUUGCCCGCGACAAGCUCAUCCACUUCGCCCUAGAGAGCGUCGGAACCACCGACAUGGAGACGCCCGGCUUCUACAACCUCGUCGAGCUGCGGCCGCAGUAUUGGAACGCCUUUGUCGACGGCCUCACGGAGCGCUAUGGCGGCUGGGACGGCUACGUGACCAAGGAGCUGGGGCUGUCGGAGGAGGAUCUCAACACUAUUAAGAAGAACAUUCGCUCCUAG